AAUAUUUUUAAAACUGUUCGAUCAAAACAAGAUCAAAAUUUGCACAACAUUUUAAACCACAUUAAAAUACUUUAGCACUGAUUUAACUGUUUUAUGGUAAUCCAAAAAAAUAGUUUCUAUAAAUUCAAAGUUGAGUUUAAAAUCUACUUUUAGAGUACCAUGAUCGAGCCUCAAACUAUACAAAUUGAAUUGAAGAAAGCAAAACCAUUCUAGUAGGCUUUUCAAAUAUAGAUCAACAAAACGAAACGUUCAACAGGCAUAACCUAUAUUUCCACCCAAAAAAAAUGGACAAACCUGGGAAAAAGGAUAUUGAUUUCAAAGUUGAACGCGAUACACACCAGACUAAUGCUCGCACGUAUGGAUUUAUGAAGACCACAAGGUCGGAUACUCCCAUCCCCUUGGCUAAAAAGAGUAUCGUUCCCAUUACAUUAAUGGAAAGGCUGAGCGGCCUAACUGCAAUUCGGUCGCAAACUAGUGAAAACGAAGAAGGGUUAAGUGAAGAGCAGUCAUCGUCAUCGUCAUAUUCGAAAGCAUCAAACAAAACGACCUUUGAAAUGAAACGGAAACUUUUUGAUGAAGCCGAGUUCACCAUAACACGAGGUCAGAAACUCAGUGAUGUCUUUCAUCCCGGCCAUGUAGAGGGGCAAAUGUCCUUUACUGAUCCGGGAAAGCAUUCUCUCGAAGAAAUGGAGGCUUAUUGCGAAAGGAUGAACAUUAAGUUUGCAAAGUGAUUGAACGUUGUAUUUCAUUUACGUUCAGUCAAGAAAAUCCUAAGAUCAUACAUCAAAUAAACAAAAAUGUCCGUAAACAAUAAACACCUAAGUUAACAACAUACAUAAA